AGUAUCAGGAAGUGGUGGUUGGCCCUCCCACCCAAUAAGCAGCAGCUCGUGCGUCAGGAGGUCUGGCGUCGCCGUUGGCAGCUGGUGGCCGGGGGUAUGGUUGCUAUGGUGAUCAUGGCAUGUUUCUUCCUGACUCAUCUGGACGAAUCGCCCAUCACGGGACGCACACGCCUCCUAGUGUUCAGUAGAGAGAACUACAUGGAGCUGGCUGCAGUGACAGGAGAUGGGGUGAGACCAAUGACUGAAUAUAUGAAUCGACAAAGCCAUCAAUCACGUGACACCAUUCAUUCCUAUGUGAAGACUCAAUAGCGCGUUGAAGACAUGAAGUCUGUUAAGAUAGCGUCUCAUGGAGACAUAACAUGCGCAGUUUGAGCUACUCCAGGAAGUGACUUUGCAGGCUAGCUCAGUGCUGCCCCCUCUCAUUGAGUAACUCAAGUUGAAGGCCGACCGGGUUACUGCAGGCUGCCAUUAGCAACAAAUUAUCCUUAUAACUUCUUCUGUGUGUGGUUCAAGGACAUAUAUCUGGUGUACUAGAAGCAAUUAUUGGUACCAUAAUUGUCUUGAAAAAAGUGUUUUAUUUACAUAAAGAUAGCCAUUUUUCUAUUCACUAUAAUGGGGGAAUGCUGUUUUCUGCUAACAAUGCCUGCAGUACCGCAGAGAGAGGGGGGGUAAAGAGAGAGAUGCUGUUAACCCUGUGGGCCAUAUUCAAUCUAAUAAGAUCAUAGUUUUCAACCAUUCAGAUGAACCUGUUUAUUAUGCAAUUAUCAAUUCAUAAUAUAUUCUAUAUUAUAAACCGUGUGGUUCGAGCCCUGAAUGAUGAUUGGCUGAAAGCCGUGGUAUAUUAGACCGUAUAUACUGGUUUAAUUAUGUUGGUAACCAGUUUAUAAUAGCAAUUAGGCACCUAAGAGCUUUGUGGUAUAUGGCCAAUAUACCACGGCUAAGGGCUGUAUCCAGGUACUCCGCGUUGCGUCGUGCAUAAGAACAGCCGUUAGCCACGGUUUAUUGGCCAUAUACCACACCUCCUCGGGCCUUAUUGCUUAAUUAUAAUAUAACCGGCCCUUGUUUGUGUCCUCAGGAGGAUGUUGAUUUUACUGUGUGUGUGUUCUACCCAGUACAUGGAAGAAUUUGCUGAGUUGUUGGUUCCAGAGAAGGACCCUCGUCACCAGGUGGUAGAGAGAGUGGUGCAGCACCUGGCCCAGAGGAACAAUGACAUCCCAGAGGUCUCCUCUGUUCCAUGGAGCGUCCACGUGGUCGACAGCCCUACCGUCAACGCUUUCGUACUGCCUGUGAGUCCCAGUCCCAGCCCCUGCUCUCUGUCUGUGAUUUGUUUGUUUUAUCCCCAGUCCACAUCAAAACAGUUAGCUGAAACUGGCCAGUCCACAUCAAAACAGUUAGCUGAAACUGGCCAGUCCAGAUGAAAACAGUAAGUGUUGUUUGUAUGAUACCUUUCUCUCUCCUCUAGAAUGGGAAGGUGUUUAUGUUCACUGGGAUGUUGGAGGCCGUAGCAGACGUUCAUCAGCUCACCUUCAUCCUGGGACAUGAGAUGGCCCACGCAGUGAUGGGACACUCUGUGAGUAUACAGCCAGGCCUUUCUGUGUCUCUCUCUAGUGAUGGGACACUGAGUAUACACCCAAGCCUUUCUGUGUCUCUCUCUAGUGAUGGGACACUGAGUAUACACCCAAGCCUUUCUAUGUCUCUCUCUAGUGAUGGGACACUGAGUAUACACCCAAGCCUUUCUGUGUCUCUCUCUAGUGAUGGGACACUGAGUAUACACCCAAGCCUUUCUGUGUCUCUCUCUAGUGAUGGGACACUGAGUAUACACCCAAGCCUUUCUGUGUCUCUCUCUAGUGAUGGGACACUGAGUAUACACCCAAGCCUUUCUGUGUCUCUCUCUAGUGAUGGGACACUGAGUAUACACCCAAGCCUUUCUGUGUCUCUCUCUAGUGAUGGGACACUGAGUAUACACCCAAGCCUUUCUGUCUGUCUCUCUUUAGUAUGAGUGUGUGAGUUCUGACUCUCUGCUCUGAGUUAUUUCUCCACGUGUGUGUGUGUGUGUGUGUGUGUGUGUGUGUGUGAGUGAGUGAGUGUGAGUGUACGUGUUUAACUAUACUUAUGGGGACCAGAAGGGAUAGAAUUAGGGUUAGGGGAAAUAGGAUUUUGAAUGGGACUGAAUUGUGUGCCCCACACGGUUAGUUAUACAAGACUGUGUUUGAGUGUGCGCGCUUCCUUGCUUGCUUAGGGGCUACACAGAGUUGUGUCCUGUUCUGUGCAGAGUGACUCAUCAGUCUCAGUAAUGCUACAUUACUACUGCUCUCCUUUCCUCUCUUUCAUCCACAUCACCUCACCUGACCUACAGCUCAGAACUCAGAUUUGCUGCAGGUCUGCAGAGAGGAUGUCAUUAAUGCGGUGGGGUUGUGUCAUCAGUCAUAGUUAUAAGAUGCUCACAGACAGACAGGCAGACAGAGAGUACUUUAGAAGUCUGAGACACUAAUGUUGUUUCUGGACUAAUGGUACAGCUGUUUAAGUAGAGAGUCUCAUCCCUUUUCAAUUAAAUCAGAACUGCUGACUGUUCUAAUCGGAUAUUCCUCUUGCUCAGAGAGAAAUGUUUGGAGUUUGUUUCUGAUCAUUUCCUAUGAGAACUGUAUACCCUCCAAUACAGGGAAGAGUUUAAUUAGAUGAAGAAAAGUAAUAUGGAUUAAUCAGUUCCAUCCUCGCCCUGGGUGUCUGCUACUCCAUUCACCGUUUCCUAAUGUAAUCUCCAUAUUAGGUCUGAAUUAAAAGUUCAGAUGAAAUAGGUGGGAACAAUCAAUACACUUACAGAUAAUUUAUUUAUUGCUUUUCUACUCACUUUCUCUCUCCCCUCCCUCCCUACCCCCCUCUCUCUCUUUUUCCCCUCUCUUUUCGCUCCUUCCCUCCCUUCCUCCCUCCAGGCAGAGCAGGCCAGUAUGUCUCAUGUGGUUGACUUCCUGUCUCUGAUCCUGCUAACAGCCAUCUGGGCUGUGUGUCCUCGAGACAGCCUGGCCGUACUGGGACAGUGGAUACAGACUAAACUCAUACAGGUAACACACACACAUCAGGACUUUUCAUGUGAUUAAAUAGAUGUUUAACUCUCUCUCUCUCUCUCUCUCUCUUUGUCUCUCUCUCUCUGUGUCUCUGUCUCUCUCUAUCUGGGUCUCUCUCUCUGUCUCUGUCUCUCUCUCUCUGGGUCUCUCUCUGUCUCUGUCUCUCUCUCUCUCGCUCUCUCUCUCUCUCUCGCUCUCUCUCUCUCUCUCUGUGUGUGUCUCUCUGUCAGUUCAUGUUUGAUCGUCCCUAUAGCAGGAAGUUGGAGGCAGAAGCUGAUCAAGUUGGACUCCAGCUGGCUGCCAAGGUACAGGAUAGGACAGUAACUCUGGCUCACUCUUGCAUCCUGACCCUUCUGUAUAUGGUGACUAAACUUACAGCUGCCUACAGUGCACUAGAUGGCAAUCUUUGUCAAAUAGAGAAUUUCUCCCACUCCUCUAUCCGUCAACCUGUUCAGGACGCUGUAGUAAUGUAUUGUCACCGUUUCCAUGACAACCAGACAGGCGCUCAGGGUAACCCUGUCUGUGCCUCUCCCUCUAGGCGUGUGCUGAUGUGCGGGCAGGGCCAGUGUUCUGGCAGCAGAUGGAGAUCAGUGACCAGCUGAGAGGAGAACCUACAGUACCAGAGUGGCUCUCCACACACCCUUCUCACAAGAACAGAGUUACACAGCUGGACAGGCUGGUCCCACAGGUAGCAAGCAAGCACGCAACGCUUAGAGAGGCAGAGAAAAAACCUCACUGGUCCACAUACACCAGUAUACACUGUUGCCAAUGGUCUAUUGUAUGAUGUCAGUGAUAAGUCUUGUCAUCAAGUCAUUCAUGAUGGCUGUGUGUUGGUGGUAUGCACAAGACAGAGAAGUCUGCUAUACCUAGUCUCGCACAGCAGGCAGACUUAAAUGUGUGCAUGUGAGUUAGAAUAGUACACAUGACUUCCUGGUGUUUCUAAUGUACAGACGCAUAUCACAUGGCCUGAGGACUGUGGUCAAAGAGGAGUACUCGAACAGAAAGAGGAGUACUCGAACAGAACUGUAGGAUUGAGCAGAGUUUAAUCUAACUAACGAGACACCUACAGAUGUCGGAACCUAAUUUGACCCCAUUCAUCGCAGGAGGAAAAUAAUCCUGCAGCAAGAGGAUUUUAAUAUCAGAAGAAAUAUUUAGACUGACCCUGGGACACAUAUGCCAGAGUCUGCAUGGGUUCAAAUCCUGCCCACUGCCCUUUGACUCAUGGAUGAAGAUCUAUUUUUGACGCAUUAAUUCCAUGUGGUUACAGUGUUAAUUCCGCGUCGUUACAGGGUUAAGAGAGAAACAACUCAAAGGUUAACAGUUUAGGCAUUAAUUCCGAGUGGUUAAAGUUAGGACUAUAAUUUGGGGAAGGCUUAAAACAAAAUAUUUAAAAACGACGAGCCUAUGUAUCAUUAGUAUUCUUAGUGCUUACUAGAGCAUUGUGAAGUGCUGUAGCGCAGUGGUCUAAGUAUCGCGGUCCAACUCCGAGCCUCAUGAGCUGGGAGAUAUAGUGACCAGUCUGAACCUGCAUUAGUCCCACAAGUUAAUUGCAUUUAUUUCAAUGUUUUCAAGAAGUACAACGAAAAGUUGGCAUUUACAUUUCAAAGAAAGGUGUCUUCGCUCAACAAAAUCGUCUUUGGAUAGGCUGCAUAAACAUCUUGACAGCUUUACGAAAUGAAAUAUUAAAGCCACAUAAUACAGGCUUUCAAUCCAUACCGAAGACCAGAACUAUACUGAACAAAAAUAUAAACGCAACAUGCAACAAUUUCUACGAUUUUACUGAGUUACAAUUCAUAUAAGGAAAUCAGUCAAUUGAAAUAAAUGCAUUAGGCCCUAAUCUCUGGAAUUCACAUGACUGGGCAGGGGCGCAGCCAUGGGUGGGCCUGGGAGGGCAUGGCCCACCCACUUAGGAGACUGACCCACCUACUGGGGAGUAAGGCCCAGCCAAUCAGAAUUAGUUUUUCCCCACAAAAAAGCUUUAUUACGGACAGAAAUACUCCUCAGUUUUAUCAGCUGUCUGGGUGACUGGUCUCAGACGAUCCCGCAGGUGAAGAAGCCGGAUGUGGAGGACCUGGGCUGGCGUGGUUACACGUGGUCUGUUGGACUUACUGCCAAAUUCUCUAAAACGACGUUGGAGGCGGCAUGGUAGAGAAAUGAACAUUCAAUUCUCUGGCAACAUCUCUGGUGGACAUUCCUGCAGUCAGCAUGCCAAUUGCACGCUCCCUCAAAACUUGAGACAUCUCUGGCAUUGUGUUGUGUGACAAAACUGCACAUUUUAGAGUGGCCUUUUAUUGUCCCCAGCACAAGGUGUACCUGUAUGAUCAUGCUGUUUAAUCAGCUUCUUGAUAUACCACACUUGUCAGGUGGAUGGAUUAUCUUGGCAAAGGAGAAAUGCUCACUAACAGGGAUGUAAACAAAUUUGUGCACAAAAUACAGAAAUAAGUUUUGUGUGUAUGGAACAUUUCUGGGAUAUUUUCUUUCAGCUCAUGAAACAUGGGACCAACACAACAUUUACAUGUUGCGUUUAUAUUUUUGUACAGUAUAUAUUGACAAAUUAUACAUAGUCUAUAAAACGUGGACAAGCAUCCACACUGGAGGAAAGUUUAUCGUUCUACAGUAGGCCUACAUCUGUCAAUCAACUGAUGACCCAAAUCAGUUCAACUCAGCCAGGGAAACACGGGUGCCUAUUAUCGGUUUUCACACCUUUCAUUAUCUGACAAUGGAUAGGCUAACGGGUAGUCUACAGAAUGUAGCCUAUUGGAAUAUAAUCAAAUAACAAGAGGCCUAUUGCAACCAUCGAUGGCACUAGAUUAUCGCCAGCUGAUGUCUCAUUAAACCAUCAAUACGUGCUGAAUUCACCUGCACAGCUGAUCUCAAUUGCAACCAUUAUUGGUCUCCUCAUUACCGCUCCCUAAAAGAUGAUGUCGGCGUUACCUUAGUCCUGCUUGCAACCCUUUCAAGAUAUUUUUGCCCUCCGGUUGGUCUUAUCAUCGGAACCACUUAGUCCUUUUUCGAACAAGCUAAGGGCGAUUUAUCUAUUUGACAAGCAUUCCGUACAAUAUAAAUAAAGUAUUUGAUUGUUUACCACGACAAAUCUACUGUGGCAAUUUACCCGACACUUUGUAUGAAUGGAAACUAAUGUUGGUGUAGCCUACUGUUAUUAUUUUAUUUGUUUCCUAUUUAUGUUAUCCAAAAGUGUGGUAUGGUCAUUUCUUAUCAACAUCUGGGGUAAAAUAUCCUUGAACUGCCCAUAUUUGAAAUGUGUAAGUACAUCAAGUCAAUCAGGCGGAUUGAGUUAUUUGUGCCAUAAGGACGUGGGACGGAAUCGAACCCACGUCGACAUGGUCGACCUACAUGUGCGUGGCCCUAAGAGUGGUGUAAAGCUUGCUGCCAUUGGACUCUGUAGCAGUGGAAACGCGUUCUCUGGAGUGAUGAAUCACGCUUCACCAUCUGGGUUUGGCGGAUGCCAGGAGAACGCUACCUGCCCAACUGCCUAGUGCCAACUGUAAAGUUUGGUGGAGGAGGAAUCAUGGUCUGAGGCCAUUUUUCAUGGUUCGGGUUAGGCCCCUUAGUUCCAGUGAAGGGAGAUCUUAACACUACAGCAUACAAUGGCAUUCUAGACGAUUCUGUGCUUCCAACUUUGUGGCAACGAUUUGGGGAAGGCACUUUACUGUUUCUGCAUGACAAUGCCCCCGUGCACAAAGCGAGGUCCAUACAGAAAUGGUUUGUCGAGAUCUUUGUGGAAGAACUUGACUGGCUUGCACAGAGCCCUGACCUCAACCCCAACGAACACCUUUGGGAUGAAUUUGAACGCCGACUGCGAGCCAAGCCUAAUCUCCCUACAUCAGUGCCCGACCUCACUAAUGCUCUUGUGGCUGAAUGGAAGCAAGUCCCCGCAGCAAUGUUCCAACAUCUAGUGGAAAGCCUUCCCAGAAGAGUUGAGGCUGUUAUGGCAGCAAAGGGGGGACCAACUCCAUAUUAAUGCCCAUGAUUUUGGAAUGACAUUUUCGACGAGCAGGUGUCCACAUACUUUUGGUCAUGUAAUGUACAUACAAACACAACACAACACACACACAGUACACUGUCACAUAUGUAUGCACACCAGACACCCAUAUAUACUCACAGGCACAAUAGCACACACAAACUCUCGUCUGAUGGACAAUUAGUGUUUUCUCCAUCUGUUCCUCUCCUGCUAAAACACACACUCAAGGGUAAAUACACUCCUGUGUGUCACACAGGGCUACAUGCACGCACACACACACACACACACACACACACACACAAUUGGCACACUGCUGAGCCCUCAUGUUGAAUCCCAGACUGGGACAUUGACCUUUGUAGAAGUAGUGAUCUGGAUCCGUAUAGUUCCACCGUGUGUGUAUGAGAGAAAACACACCCGAGUAAUGGACGACCGAAGGUACUUAAAAGCAUCUUGUGGUCGUACUAUCGCCUCUGACAACACAAUCAUUCUUAGAAGUCUAAGCCGUUGGAGGGGGGGGGGAAUCUAAGAUGAUUAUGUAAUUGUUUUAAGAUGGUCAUACUAUGGAUCGUUUAUUUAAAUAUAUAUAUAAUUUUCUUUGGGAUAAUAUGGAAUUUGGCCUUUACUUCUAUAGCCCAGAGAAACUCAUUGAAUAACAUAUUCAUAAAUGACAAAAAAAUAGUAAAAAAAGAAAUAAUCAGAAACAAGGUUUUGAAGUGUUAGUCCUAUAUCUAGGAGAUAUGAUAAAGCUCAGAAAAUAUAUGUAUAUAUAUUUUUACACAUAUUUAACCCCUUUUUUGGGUAGGCACAAAACUACUUUCAUACUUCUAUAAAUUUUUUCUAACCGGUACCAGUUACCUUCAGACGAGUCCUGUGAAACUUGUGAGGGUCGUAGAGCAAAACGGAGAACACAGUGGGGUCACAGUAGUUUGUAGCCCAAACGGUUCAGACGCUACAAACAGAAGUUGGUACAUCGACUGUACCGACUUCAGACGAGUCCCCUGACACUUGUGGUGGUCGUAGAGACCACCAUUGUGUUCGUGAGAGUCUCCCCAUUCCAUACAGUGGUCAAUCGUUUUGUAGGUCAAACCGUUAGGAAUCUACAGACAUUUUUGUGAGAAGACCGAUUUUCGGGAUAUCUCAUGGUCUGACAAACACUGCUCUAACUCUGCUACCUUUCACCGCAGAUGUGGAAAUGCGACAUCGGCGGAUGCGGUGGAUUGAGACGCAUCCACUGCAAAAACACAAAUCUCUAUCUUAAACUGACACAUUUUGAUGGGGAUUUUUAAAAUUACGUUACUUAGAUUGACGCACCGGUGCGUCAAUCGACUCUAGAGGGAUAACGCACCACGGCCACACGCUGCUUUCAUACGUUCGUCUUUCUGGUGUGUUUCCGCUAUAACCUCUCUCUCUCUCUUCCUCUCCCCAGUACCUGGAGUUGAGGGAGAGUUGUUCCUGUCCUGCCCUCCCUGCUACAGACCCCAGAGCUGUCUUCGCUCAGAGUGUCAAAGUGCUGCUGGACGCUACUAGGGACCUGGAGGGAGAGGCGGGGAAGAGACUGGAACCACUAGCUCUGUCCCAGACCCCAACCUCAGACCACAGGAGGGCUCCACAUCUAGGGGGACUGGCUACUGCCCUGCUAGCCUCCUCAGCCACAGCCUCACAUACAGCCCAAGCGACAGCCCUGACCCUAGACACUGCUACUCCCCUCUAACCCCCGGCCACUACCCUCGCCCCCGUCUUCCCAGCCCCAACCCCAGGCCUAGUUCCAGUCAGUAAUUGUAGCUCCCUGAGUGCUAAUUGACUGAUGCUUGUAAGGUCUUGUAAAACUACUCUUGCCACCUGCUUCUGUGGAAUUGCUGCAAAAAAGUUUAGGGUAUCUGUUCUUUUUACUGUGUGUGUGAUAGGGUACAGGGAGAUGCUUUGAAUGUGUAGUGUGAAUACAUAAAGCAAUAUUAUCAUGUUUUAAUUGGUAGAUUUCAAAUGGGGACACGCUGCACUCUAUGCAAUGGCAUAAUAAGCAUUAUUGACUCCCUUGAUGAAGAUUAGCAGUAAUGACUGUAUAAAAUAAAUAAAUAAAGGGAAAUUAUAUGAUUUUGUUUAACAAGUAAGAAUUGUUUUCUCAAACAGGUAGGGUUAAAAAUUAUUGACACCCCUAAAGAUUCUUAUAAGUAAAAUAGUCAAAAGUUUAGUAUUUGGUCUCAUAUUCCUAGCACGCAAUGACUACAUCAAGCUUGUGACUACAAACUUGUUGGAUGCAUUUGCAGUUCGUUUUGGUUGUGUUUAAGAUUAUUUCGAAUAUGUUUCUAAACACUUCUACAUUAAUGUGGAUGCUACCAUGAUU